GAGUGUUGUUUGGAUUUGCGCUCAGUUUCUGCAAGAAAUCUUAGGCAGCAGACCUCCCCGUUUUCCAGAGGGUAAUCACAAGGAUGAAGGUUGAUAUCCAUAAUCAUAUUUUACCAAAGGAAUGGCCCGAUUUGAAGCAGAGGUAUGGAUAUGGUGGGUUUGUCCAGCUUCACCAUCACUGCAAGGGUGAAGCAGACAUGAUGAAGGAUGGAAAGCUGUUCCGAGUAAUUCAGGAGAACUGCUGGGAUGCAAAAGCACGCAUAAGGGACAUGGAUCAACAUGGUGUCACAGUUCAGGCCCUGUCCACCGUCCCUGUGAUGUUCAGUUACUGGGCCAAACCUCAUGACACACUGGAUCUCUGUGUCCUUUUAAAUGAUGAUUUGGCCAAGACAGUGCGCAGCCACCCCAAGAGGUUUGUGGGCCUGGGCACUCUGCCCAUGCAAGCCCCUGAUUUAGCUGUGUUGGAGAUGAGGCGCUGCGUGAAGGAGCUGGGCUUCCCUGGGGUGCAAAUCGGCUCACAUAUCAACAACUGGGACCUCAAUGCAACUGAGCUCUAUCCCGUCUAUGCUGCAGCUGAGGAGCUGGGCUGCUCCAUAUUUGUCCACCCGUGGGACAUGCAGACAGAUGGGAGAAUGGCUAAGUAUUGGCUGCCCUGGCUGGUGGGCAUGCCAACAGAGACAACCAUGGCCAUUUGCUCGAUGAUAUUUGGAGGCGUGUUUGAGAGAUUUCCUAAAUUGAAAGUCUGCUUUGCACAUGGAGGUGGCUCUUUUCCAUUCACCAUUGGCAGAAUUGAACAUGGCCACAAAGUCCGCCCUGACCUGUGCGCAGUGGACAACGAGAUCAGUCCCCGGAAAUACCUUGGUUCCUUCUACACCGACUCCCUAGUUCACGAUCCCACCGCCCUGAAGCUACUCAUUGAUGUUAUUGGAAAAGAUAAAGUGAUGCUGGGGACAGAUUAUCCAUUCCCUCUGGGUGAGCUGCAGCCUGGAUCAUUGAUUGAGUCAAUGGAUGAAUUUCAUGACCCACUAAAGGAUAAAUUGCUUGCUGGAAAUGCACUGGACUUUUUGGGCCUGAAACGAGAGCAGUUUGAGUGACAUGAAAAUUGGAGAUACAGCUGCUACAACUGGUGUAUCAGUGCAAAGGCCUUCUUUAAAUAUUCAUAAUUGUAUGAUUAAGGAUAAAAAUCCUUUUGGAAUAGCUUGUAUAGUAGAUAUAACAAAUUAUGUUGUUGUUUAAUAUGAUAAAGUAAUUAUUUUUCUCUCA